UUGUGGCCUUUUCUGAACCAAAAUCAUGAACAAGAAGACGAGUGGAAUCCAGAGCAUGAAUUACCACUUGCAGAACUCAAACAGAUGUUUCAAAAUCAACAAACAGAACUGACUGAACAUGACCUACAAGGGUGCUUUGCGGAAAACUCGGAUUCUCAACCUAUAAUAACGGAUCAAAAAAUAAUAAAUGAUGCUGUUUCUAGUCCUGAACAAGAAGAUCAUUAUGUAAAAGUGACCUUCCUUAGCCCCACAAAAAGCUCAGUGAGGACUGAAGAUGCCCUAACAGCUAUAGACAUCAGUAUCAGGUGGGCAGAGGAGAACAAAGCUUCAGACAAAUCCUGA